UUUCCAUCUCUGCCUCCAUUUCCCAUGAGCCUCCUGCGCGCGGCGGAAUCUGUGACGCACAUUUCAGUCGCCUGUCAAAGCCUUACAGCUGACUCUAAACAACAUGCUGCUCUGCACAGCACCGGAGUGGUCUACAGGAGGAUCCUGUCCCAGUUCCCUCAGGACAUCAGCUUAGCUUUCGCUUACGGAUCAGGGGUUUUCAAACAGCAUGGGACCAGCCAAGGUCAAAUGGAGAAAAACAUGCUGGACUUUGUCUUAGCGGUGGACGACCCAGUGACGUGGCACACCAUGAAUCUGCUGCAAAAUCGCAAACACUACUCCAUCCUCAAGCUAUUGGGGCCCACGAUGAUCAGCUCCAUACAAAAUGAUCAUGGGGCGGCAGUAUACUACAACACUCUGGUGCCUGUGGAUGGGAGGAUUAUCAAAUACGGUGUGAUCAGUACGGAGUCUCUGAUAGAUGACCUGAUGCACUGGAAGACCAUGUACGUUGCUGGACGCCUUCACAAACCAGUAAAAAUGUUGGUGCAGAGUGAGAAUGCAAAGCUCCGUGCUGCUUUGGUAUCCAACCUGAAGAGUGCUGUGACGGCCUCGUUCCUCAUGUUGCCAGAGAGCUUCACUGAAGAGGACCUUUUCCUGCAGAUAGCUGGCCUCUCUUAUGCGGGGGAUUUCAGGAUGGUGAUUGGAGAAGACAAGUCCAAGGUGGCCAAUAUUGUCAAAGACAACAUUCAGCACUUCAGAAUUCUAUACAGCAACAUCCUGCGGGACUGUCCUCAGGUGGUCUACAAAUCACAGCAAGGGAAACUUGAGGUAGACAAAAGCCCAGAGGGACAGUUUGUCCAGCUGAUGGCAUUGCCGCGCACCCUCCAGCAAAAGAUCACAAAGCUGGUUGACCCUCCGGGAAAGAACCGCGAUGUGGAGGAGAUCCUGCUGCAGGUGGCUCAGGACCCAGACUGUGGAGCUGUGGUACAGCAAGGUAUCUCAUCUAUUGUGAAAACCUCCAGUAUAACACAGAGUAUCAAAGGCAUUGCUACAGCUGGUUUGUGGAAGACGGUGUCGUACAGCUCAAAGAAACUGAUUAAGAUGUGGAAGGGCUGGAGGAGGAAGCCGUCUGUGUCCCACAUGUCCUGAACCUGUCUGUUCACUGGGAACCUGUCUGUCUACCACUGACAGUCUGACAAUGCACGUCCAUCCUUUUGAUGCUACCCUGAUGAACUGUGGCUGGAGCAGUUGUCUCCUCACCUCUGCUUGUGACACUCUGUAGUAGGUGUGAAUGGGACCACUGACUAUGCAUAAGGUUGUCUGGAUAAUUAAGAAAUAUCUGUGCUGCUGCCCUUUAUCAUGCGAUUCAUAAAAAGUUGUCAAAUAAAAGGUGGCAUUUCACGAGUCAGACUGAAUUAUGGCUGACAUUUCACAGUAAUACAAUCUGGACCUUUGUGGAUGAUGACACACACACAGUGCCUGGCGUGGGAGAGCUGAACGGAUGACACUGCAACAAGUAGCAGGGUACUGAUAGAUUUUGUUUAAGCUGUGAACUGGUGUUACAUGUUUCAUACACACAGACACACUUCUGUUUCUCCUUGUCAAAGAUCCACAAAUCUUUUAAUCUCUUAAUACUAUGUUUUUGGAGGCUGCGCUAUUAUCUCAACCAGGAUUUAUAAAAUAUGGGAUCACACAAUGUUGAGAAGUUGUUUGAGAGAAGUCAAUUUGAAGUUUUAUCCUCUACCAUUAAAUAAAGUUCCUAAUUGUUAACAGACACUGUCACACUUCUCUGUCCCCAGCCAAUACAUCAGUUGGUUCUUGAUAAACACAGUUGUCUAAUUCAGUUACAAGAAAUCAGGUUUAAUAAAGUUUUUAGUGAAACAGCAACAAUGGUCUUAAGUGGCAUGAUUAUUUGUAAACCCAAAGCUUUAUAAUAUUAUCCUCUAAUCCCCAGAAAACACGGGCUUUAAAGAAUAAUAUAAUAAAACUUAAGUCAGUCCGUCACU